UGGAUCGCAUUUUGAUUUUGUUAAUGCGCAGGGAAUCAAUUAAUUGUACCACUUUUGAAAGAAAUAAAAAGCGUCUGUACUUUAUCCUCUUCCACACAAACAACCCUUCCAUCGUCGAGUAAAUUUGCGCCCAUCUCUCCCCUUCUCCCGGGCGACACUCCCAACAGGUAAACCUCGCGCCUACAUCAAUUUCUUGGGUAGAUGAACGAGCGCCCGUUUUGUAUUUGCUUCAUCUGGGUCCGCCUUUGCCUUGGGUUUGAGAACUCCGGGUGAAACUUUCUGCUAUUAAUUGGAUGGGUAAGGGUUCGAAAAGUGGCACAUGCAAAUCAUCAUCUCAUCUGCUCUUCAAGGAUAGAGCAAAGAAUCGUGUGGAUGAUCUGCAGGGCAUGUUUAGUGAUCUUCAAUCAGCCAGAAAGGAAAGCAGGACUAUUGAUGUAGCUUUGCUGGAAGAGCAAGUUCACCAGAUGCUUCGAGAAUGGAAGGCUGAGCUCAAUGAGCCAUCCCCUGCUUCAUCACUUCAGCAGGGAGGAAGUCUUGGCUUUUCGGCAGAGAUUUGUAGGCUACUGCAGCUUUGUGAGGAGGAGGAUGAUGCAACCAGUGCAUUAGCUGCCCCAAAGCCAGAUCCUGAUGCGCUGAAGGUUGUGGAUGGUUCUACUUCUAAAGAGCAGGGUAACAUGUCCAAUGAUCCUCAAGGCUUCCAGUUGACCGAUCAGUACAAAAGUGUUGGCAUAGGUGUCAACAAUAUGGGAAUGAAUAGUAUGACUUUGGCUACACAAUUAGAUUAUCAUUCAUAUAAUUUCCAACCAGAGUUUGAGCAACAAUACAUGUCUAGUUUCGAUGGAAUUGGUUUUGUUGGAAAGGACGGUAUUCCUCAGAUAUCGGGUUAUCCGCAGAGCAUCUGUCCCCCACCUUCUGCAUUUUUGGGGCCCAAAUGUGCCCUUUGGGAUUGCCCCAGACCAGCACUUGGGCUAGACUGGUCGCAAAAGUCUGAGGAUUAUUGUAGUAUCUAUCAUGCGGGGCUUGCACCAGCUGAAGGCUAUCCUGGUCGGUCCCCAGUUGUCCGCCCUGGCGGCAUUGGUUUAAAGGACAAUUUACUUUUUUCUGCGCUUGAUGCCAAAGCUCAAGGAAAAGACGUUGGAAUUCCAGAAUGUGAGGGUGCUGCCACUGCAAAGUCGCCAUGGAAUGCUCCUGAACUAUUUGAUCUUACGGUCUUGGAAGGUGAAACAAUCAGGGAGUGGUUGUUUUUCGACAAGCCUCGCAGAGCAUUUGAAAGUGGAAACCGAAAGCAACGCUCUCUUCCAGAUUACAAUGGAAGAGGCUGGCAUGAAUCAAGGAAACAAGUGAUGAAUGAAUUCGGAGGGUUGAAGAGAUCCUACUACAUGGACCCCCAACCCAUGGAAAAUUUUGAGUGGCAUCUCUAUGAAUAUGAACUGAACAAGUAUGACGCCUGCGCAUUGUACCGGCUGGAAGUCAAGCGCGUCGAUGGGAAGAAGACCCCGAAAGGGAAACCGUGCAACGAUUCCGUAACCGAUCUGCAAAAGAAAUUGGGCAGGCUGACUGCAGAAUUCCCGAAUGACAAGCAGCGUGUGGUGAAGGGAAGGGGAAAACUCAAUUUGAAGAAUGUAACCGGGAACGUUUAUGCUGCUUCUAAUGCAGUGCCGAGUCCUGGCGAAGGGUUUGAUUUCGUGGCAGGCGAACCGUACGACUAUCUUGUGGACAAUAUCAGUGGAUAUUACUUGACAUGAUUAAGGCAUUUCAUAUGCAUCUCGAAUAAAAGGCUAUCAGUUGUUGGCGGCGCUGUAGUUAAUAUCCUUCAUCCUUGUCUCUGUCCUCGACCUAUCAAGACGGAGCCGGUAUCAUCACAUCUUUAUACAGAAAUAGGUUUUGGUUGUCGAUAGUUCGUUGUCACUGAAGCACAGUGCAUAGAGCUGACUUUUAUCUUACUUACUAAUAUGUUGCACAUUAUGUUUGAUUGCUGGUGAGAUACUCGGAAGCGAAGCCGGGUGGUCGCCGGUGGUUUCGACCUGGUUGGCUUCAUUUGAGCCAUGGUUGUUAUGGAGAUGAUGCACUGCUGGUGCAACCUUGGUGCAGGUAUAAUUUGUUCACGCCUGUCUCUCAACAAAUAUGACUGUGACUGUGACUGUGACUGUGACUGUGACAUGUAAUUAUUUUGGGCUUAUUAUGAUUAUAUGGUUAUUAUUAUCUGACUGGCUAUGAAAUGUUUAUCUGCAUGCUUCA